AUGUCCACUACCGCGCCCAAAUCAGACCCUUUCCAGCCCGCGGCCAGAGUUGCGGGACAGCGACAAGAUGUUUGGUCCAUCGUCAAUGAAGCAGCCGCCGCUUCCCCGGUGCAACCAAUUGUGAACAUGGGACAGGGGUUCUUUGGCUACAACCCACCCAAAUUCGCGCUCGAUGCUGCCAAGGAAGCUCUCGACAAGGUUGAUUGUAACCAGUAUUCUCCGACCAAGGGCCGCCCCCGUCUGAAGAAGGCUAUUGCUGCUGCGUAUUCGAAAUCCUUUGGGCGCGAACUUGACCCGGAGACGGAAGUUACUAUUACCACUGGAGCGAAUGAGGGAAUGUUGAGUGCAUUUAUGGCUUUCAUCGAGCAAGGCGAUGAGGUUAUAAUUUUCGAGCCCUUUUUUGAUCAAUAUAUCAGCAACAUUGAGAUGCCUGGCGGUAUUAUUCGAUAUGUCCCUUUACUUCCGCCCAAAGAUGGUGCAGUCAGGACCUCGUCGGCUUCUCAAUGGACGAUUGACUUUGAGCAAUUGGAAAAGACGAUUAACUCCAAGACAAAGAUGAUUGUUCUCAACUCACCACACAAUCCCGUCGGCAAAGUAUUGACCAAAGAAGAACUCGAACGCAUCGGCGCCCUCGCUGUAAAACACAAUAUCAUCAUCCUCUCCGAUGAAGUCUACGAUAGACUCUACUAUGUUCCCUUUACGCGCAUCGCCACUCUAUCUCCGGAGUUGUACGAACGCACCAUUACUGUCGGCUCUGCCGGCAAAGCGUUUUAUGCCACGGGCUGGCGAGUGGGAUAUCUCAUCGGACCGCCUCAUUUGAUUAAAUAUGUCGCCGCAGCGCAUACAAGGAUAUGUUAUAGUAGCGUGUCGCCGUUGCAGGAAGCGUCGGCCGUCGCUUUCGAGAAGGCUGAUGCCGAGGGGUUCUGGGAGGAAUCGCGCAAUGAGAUGCAAGGGAAAAUCAGAAGGUUUUGUGAGAUUUUUGAUGAGUUGGAUAUUCCGUACUCCGACCCAGAAGGCGGCUACUUCGUCCUCGCCAACAUGGCCUCCGUCAAACUUCCAUCUGACUACCCUUUCCCACCACAUGUCGCCAGCCGGCCGCGAGACUUCAAACUGGCCUGGUUCCUAAUCAAAGAAGUCGGCGUCGCCGCAAUUCCGCCUACGGAGUUUUAUACAGAUGAGAAUGCGCAUAUUGCGGAGGAUUAUUUGAGGUUUGCGGUUUGUAAGAAUGAUGAUGUUUUGGAGACGGCCAAGGAGAGGUUGAGGGGAUUGAAGAGGUAUAUAGUCAAGUCUGAGUGA